AAAACAUUUUCCGUUAUACCAAACACACCCAUAGUUUUGAGACAUAGUUGAUUGAUUGAUUUUUGCUGGACGGAAUAAUAUAUAUGUAAAAAAAAUGGAUAAACACUUGAAUUAACCCAAUAAUUAAUCACCUUGUUCAUGAAUGCAGCAUGGAGGAUAUCCUUGGAAAAUAUAAGUUGCACUUAACUAGCCUUGAGAAAGACGAUCAACCUUCCCUUGACUUACAGCUAGAAAAUAGCCUCAACACGAAUUUAAUCAAGGAGUUAGCUGACAAAAAUCGUGAGCUGAGGCAGAUGAAAGGUGAGGAACUUGAAGGAUUGAGCUUAGAAAAAUUGCAACAAAUUGAGAAAAGACUUGAAACUGGACUCACACGUGUGCUUGAGAUCAAGGGUACAAAAAUUAUGGGUGAAAUUACCAAACUUCAAAGAAAGGGUGCUGUGCUAAUGGAAGAAAACAAGCAACUGAAACAGAAAAUGGCAAUGAUGAAUGAAGGAGAGUUGCCUUUACUCACAGACUUGGAUUGCAUGGUAAUGGAAGAAGGCCAGUCUUCUGAUCAGUCUAUUACUACCAAUGUCUCUACUAGUGGUCCUCCUCCUGAGGAUGAUUGCUCAAAUGCAUUUUUGAAGUUAGGGACUUCAAGACGAAACAAAUUCUGCUACGGUGCAAUAGCCAAGGUCCUCUUUAUUCCAUGUCUUCCAGGGAUCGUGCAGUUUAUCAAGCUUUUGCAGCAGUGCAACGCUCUUCGAAUCUUUGGCAUCAAUGACUGGGCCAUCCAAACUUUGCCAUUAUUGCUAGAUUAGUUAGAGAUAAUAAAGUUUCUUGCACUUCUUUUAAACAAUUAGAUUUCUUAUGUAGUGCUUGUCAACUUGGCAAGCACAAUAAAUAAAUUACCUUUUAUGGAUUCUAAGUCAUUCACUAUUUCUCUAUUUGACUUGAUACAUAGUGAUAUAUGGACUUCUUCCGUACCA